GAGGAGGAUGCAGCAGCAAGGGACCAGAACAAGGGAAAAGCCUGUGCUGGGAUAUCUUCUCAAGGAAUCAAACAAUGUGAUCCCAGUUUCCAGGUUUGAAUGGAGUUGGGAUCAGAAAUGAUGCUCAAGGAGCAGAAGGUCAGGGAAUGCGUUCCCUGCGCCGUGGCCCUGGACAGGCCGGGCCGUUCCCGCCGGACCUGCUCCCUGGACACCGUCCUGGGCUCCUACCUGCUGGGACAGUGGCCCCGGGACAGGGACACCCUGCCCUGCACCAGGGACAAAGCCACCCAGACCCCGCAGUCGUGGCCCGAGGUGGCGGCAGGGCCGGGCAGCGCCGGGGGCAGCUCCGACCACCGGCGGGAGAUUGCCAAGCUGAAGCAGCAGCUCCAGCGCACGAAGCUCAGUGGCAGGAAUGGGAAGGAAAAGGAGAAGAGCUGCCCAUUCCCAGGGGAUCACACGCUUGGAUCGCUCCAGGACUCUCCCUCAGGACUCCUUUCUCCGUCUCCCGUCCUGAGGCUCAGCCCCUGCUUGCACAGGAGCCUGGAAGGGCUGAACCAGGAGCUGGAGGAGGUGUUUGUGAGGGAACAGGGAGAUGAGGAGCUGCUGAGGAUCCUGGACGUCCCAGACGGGCACAGGGCGCCGGCGCCCGCCCAGCCAGACCCCCUGGACACGGCCCUGGAGCCGGGAAGUGGCAGCUGGAGCAGCCUCUCCCUGUCCCCCUCCCCGUCCAUGCAGACCCCGGGAAGGCCGGGAGCGCCCGGGCCCUCGGAGGCACAGCCGGAGCCAAAGGAGAAAGAGGGGAGCAGCCCUUCUCCAGUGCUGGCCUUUGCCUCCUCUCCUCGUCCCAACCACAGCUACGUGUUCAAACGGGAGCCUCCUGAGGGCUGUGAGAGAGUCCGAGCCUUUGAGGAGACCCUCUGCUCCAGCCCAUCCCAGCCUUUCCAGCCUUCCUGCCCGGACAAGAACAAGGUUCACUUCACCCCCUCGGGCUCCGCCUUCUGCCCCGUGCGCCUGGUGCAGCCGCUCUUCCCGGACAUGGGAUUCCUCUUCCGGGACUUCCCGGCUCCCCCCAGCGCUGGCACGGGCCCCUUCCCCUCCUGCCAGCCCCCCCAAGCCCCCAGCCCCUUCCUGGAGGAGGUGCCCAAGGCUCCCAGCCGGAAUUGCGAGCCCUGGAAGCGCGGCCAGGCCGAGGAGAGCGUCGUGUUCCAGAGCUCCCUCGUGGUGUGAAUCCCUUGGGAAGGGCAGCACCGGCACCUGUGGCUCCUCAGUGCCUUGGAGGUGGGAUGUGGCAGCCCCUGGGAUUGGGAAUUGUGGCAGAAUUCCCCCCAGGAUGGCAGAGACGGGGAAGGACAACGUGCCCUGGAUCCCUCACUGCUGGGAGGGCUCGUUCCUGGAGCCUCCCCAGUCCAAAGCGCUUUCCCGGGUUGGAUUGUCCUUGUUUCCUCUGGGAAGAGCAGAGGCAAAUCCCUGCUCCUCUGGGAAUGAGGU